CAUUCAGUACUGUGGCACCUGCAGGGUCAAUUUUCUAUCUUGUUUUAUCGCACUCGUUUCGCACUGAAAAUCUUCGCAUUUUCUCCCGCAUCACUUGCCCGUUAAUUUCUCAAAUAUGGCACGCAGAAUUGCUGGACCUACCAUAAACUGGGCAGCGAUCGCCGAACGGGUCCACGAGCUCGAGAGACCUUCUUACUUAGCUUUCAAAGCUAGGUCCGACCAAUAUCUUCGUCGAAUGCAGGCAAACCCUGAAUCAUUCCCAAAACUCGAUUGGGCGUAUUACAAGAAGAAUGUCGCUGUGGCUGGAAUGGUAGACAAAUUUCAGAAAGAGUUCGAUGCCUUGAAGAUUCCUUAUCCCGAAGAUAAAUACACCUCGGCGGUAGAUAACCAGGAAAAAGAAGCGUUAGCUGAGGUGAAACAAUUUAUCGCAGAAUCCAACAAGCGUAUCGAGUCUUACCAGGAAGAACUUGCAAAGAUAAAGAACUUGCUACCUUACGAACAGAUGACUAUGGAGGAUUUCCACGAUGCUCACCCAGACUUGGCUCUGAAUACUAAAGAAAGACCAACAUUCUGGCCACACACCGAAGAAACGCAGCUCACAGAAGAAGAACGUAAGAAUCCGUUUUAGACAAAUCCAAGUCCCUUCGAAGGGUGUAGUCUACAAUUGAGUGAAGGCAGACAUGGAGGAAUACCAAUUCAUUGUACCAUCUUUUUCAACGGCUCCACCCUAUAGUCAAGAAUGAGCUUUGUAGAAAUGGUAUUAAUAUUUUGGCAUUGAAAAUCGUCAGCUUCGUCGUUAUGAAACUAUAAAAAAGAAAAAUGAAUAAAAUAAACUCUAUCAAGAUUAA